AUGCGUCAGUCAAUUUUUCAUCAAUUAUUAUGGCUCUACGGAGUCGUUGAGGGAAUUGAUCUCUCUUCAAAACGAGGACUUGCGUUUCAUGGCGACGAACACGAGUCUGAUAACAACCUUCUCAAAUCAAACAACUCCGAAAUCGCCUGGUAUUACACCUGGUCACUCUGGCCUUCACAACACAUUGGAGACUCACUACCAUUCAUCCCAUUAAUCCAUGGCCUCGACGAUGCGUCAGACUCAGAGCUUACAAACCGUCUGAAUGGCCUUCCGGACUCUUCAACUCAUCUUCUCACCUUCAAUGAACCAGACGGUGAGAAAGAUACAGGAGGAAGUUCGAUUUCGCCCAAAGAUGCAGCGAAAGCAUACAUCGAGAAUAUCGUUCCGUUACGAGACGCAAAGCGCGAGUGGUCGAUAAGUCAUCCUAGCGUUACAGGCUCAGGACGCGGUCUGGAUUGGCUACGCGACUUUAACGAGUCGUGUUACGAUAUCGACGAUAACGGAUGUCCUACCGACUUCAUCGCUGUGCACUGGUACGGUGAUGCGCUAGGCUUGGAUAAUUGGCUGAACAGCCUUCGAGAAUUCUACAAUGAGACUGCACCUGAUGCGCCAUUCUGGAUCACAGAAAUGGCUCUCCCGCAAGCCGAUGAGGAGGCUACGUUUGCAAUGAUGAAUGAGACGCUACCAAACUUGGACAGCAGAGAUGAUGUCCAAGCCUACGCGUGGUUUGGAGCUUUUAGGACGGAUGACGCGAACGAGUGGACUGGAAAGAGUGUUUCGCUUUUUGAUGGCGAUGGAGGCUUGACGAAGCUUGGUGCUGAAUAUUUGGGCGGUGAAGAGAAGGGUUUUGAAGAGGGUAUGUCUCAGGGAGUUCUCACAGCGCCCUCGAAGGGUCUUUUGGUAGCAGGAUUGUUUGCCGCUAUGGCUUACUUGUGGUGA